UCCUCCCCUUUUAUUUCGGGAGCUGCAAAACCCAGGAGACUGGAUUACAUUUACGGAUCAGGCUGUGCGGCUCUGGGCUGCGCGGUGCGCAGGCGCGAGCGGUCGGGCCGCGGCGCGCGCGGCGCUUGGUUGAAGCGGGAGUGAGUUCCUGGGAGAGGAGACCGGCGGCGCGCGAGCGGGACAGCGGGCGAGCGCCUCCUCUAUCCGCCAUGGCAGCCCUGCGCUACGCGGGCCUGGACGACACGGACAGCGAGGAUGAGCUGCCCCCGGGCUGGGAAGAGAGAACCACCAAGGACGGCUGGGUUUACUAUGCCAAUCACACUGAGGAGAAGACUCAAUGGGAGCAUCCGAAAACUGGAAAAAGAAAACGAGUAGCAGGAGAUUUGCCAUAUGGAUGGGAACAAGAAACCGAUGAGAACGGACAAGUGUUUUUUGUUGACCAUAUAAAUAAAAGAACCACCUACUUGGACCCCAGGCUGGCGUUCACCGUGGAUGAUAAUCCCACGAAGCCGACCAGCAGACAGCGGUACGACGGCAGCACCACGGCCAUGGAGAUCCUGCAGGGCCGUGACUUCAGCGGCAAGGUGGUUGUGGUGACGGGAGCCAACUCAGGAAUAGGGUUUGAAACUGCCAAGUCUUUUGCCCUCCACGGUGCCCACGUGAUCCUGGCCUGCAGGAAUAUGGCGAGAGCCAGCGAGGCCGUGUCACGCAUCUUGGAAGAGUGGCACAAAGCCAAGGUAGAAGCAAUGACCCUGGACCUCGCUCUGCUCCGCAGCGUGCAGCAUUUUGCUGAAGCGUUCAAGGCCAAGAACGUGUCCCUUCACGUGCUCGUGUGCAACGCUGCGGCUUUUGCUCUGCCCUGGAGCCUCACAAAGGAUGGCCUGGAGACCACCUUCCAGGUGAACCACCUGGGGCAUUUCUACCUGGUGCAGCUCCUGCAGGAUGUUCUCUGCCGCUCGGCCCCUGCCCGCGUGGUCGUGGUCUCCUCCGAGUCCCAUCGAUUUACGGACAUCAACAAUUCCUCUGGGAAGCUUGACUUCAGCCGCCUGUCCCCAUCACAGGGCGAGUACUGGGCCAUGCUGGCCUACAACAGAUCCAAACUGUGCAACAUCCUUUUCUCCAACGAGCUGCACCGGCGCCUCUCCCCGCGUGGGGUCACGUCCAACGCGGUGCACCCUGGGAACAUGAUGUACUCCUCCAUCCACCGCCACUGGUGGGUAUACACACUGCUGUUCACCUUGGCGAGGCCGUUCACCAAGUCCAUGCAACAGGGAGCUGCCACCACGGUGUACUGCGCAGCGGCUCCGGAGCUGGAGGGCCUGGGAGGGAUGUACUUCAACAACUGCUGCCGCUGCCUGCCCUCGCCAGAAGCCCAGAGCGAAGACACGGCCCGGGCGCUGUGGGCGCUCAGCGAGAGGCUGGUCCAGGAACGCGUCGGCGGGCAGUCCAGCUAGGAGCUGGGGCGACGAUGGCUCCCACGCCCCUGCACCUGUGCGGCACCACUGGCCAAUGCCAGCCCCUCCCACUUAGCAUCCUGGGGGCUUCCACGCCCCUCCAGCGCAGAUCCACAAAAGAAGCAAUUGCAACAGAGCGAAAAAUGUUAAGCACCAUGGGGAAGCAGGGAAUCGUCGCUUUUCUGGGGUCAGGGUGGGUGUGGGUCCCUUGCUUUCUGGUGGUGGCCUGAUGGGAGGGGAAAGCUUGAUGGGUGUGCAGUUCUUUCCCUCACUGUAGAAGCAUAGCAACUCACUCUCAGUUUUGGAACAGCCUGGUGUGUCCCCUUAUCCCACAGGGCCACCACCAUGGCCAUCAUUAUAGUCAGAGGCUGGCUUUCUCCUGCUUAGGGAAGAACAAGCAAAUGCCCAUCCUGUCAUGCUGCAGAGACCCAGGAAACAGUUAUUCAUUCCACCAAGUCUGAGGCAGCUUGACAACUUCCUGGAGAGAAUCUCAGAACCUGGGUCUAGCCAUCUGAAACCGGGACACCCAGAGACGCAGUGCAGUGGGCGGGGCUAGCGGGCAGAAGAGUGCCGGUCCAACACUCCCUUGCCAAAGCUAUCCAAAAAAUUCUUUAGAGAUUAUAACCCAUUUUGCAAAUCAUUCCUUAGCUACCUAGAUGGGCAAGAUGGGAGGCAGCGUGUCCUCAGGGGUACAUGGAAUAUUCUUGGGGUGGGGAGUAAAAAUACUUCCCUCGAAGGUUCCAGAACAGCCCAGUGGCUGGGUUUCCCGCCUGCUGCUGCUUCCUCCUGUUCCUCCCAUCCCAUGCUUAAUAAAAGAGCAUGCUUGGCUAUUUCACCUGAA